UUUGUGUCAUGAUUCACCACCUUCACACUCACUUCUCACUUUACUGAUAAUUCCUCGAAGCAAUUUUCUGUAGUUUAAUCACUUUUGCGCGAAAUUUUAGAUUUCUUUGUCCAAUUCAUAAUUUAUUGUACUUUUCUGUCGGGUCUUUUGAGUGUAUUGCCGAUUAAUUUUAGUCCUCAAAUGGGAAGCACUGUCAGUUCUGUGAUGAACUCGUCUAGUUCCACCGAAAUCAUGGAUCCUAACAUCGACGAAAAUAAUGGUUUAAUCCUCAAUAACAUUUUUUUCCCGGAAGAAAUGCUGAUACAGAUUCUAUUCUACGUUGAUCAUGAUACUCUCGUCUACAAGGGCCGACUAGUGUGCAAAGUCUGGAAACGGUUAAUCGAAUCCAGUGUUCUCAAAUCUAAAGUUGAUGAAGGAAGGUAUCGCAGCUUAUCAAAUCUUAGUUCUGAAACAAAACAUCGUCUGCACCUGCAUUGGAGCAUCUAUUACUUAAUUUGCAAGUUUGAUCUAUUUGGCAAGAACUUAAUUAGAAAUCCAUCGGGAAAAGAGAAACUGAAACACUGGAAAAUAACGCAGAAUAAUGGGGACAAAUGGGCAGUAGAAUCACAGCCUCAUGGUGCAAAUCCUAUACCAGGGGAGAACAGGGACUUGCCAUGCUUUGUUACUUCUUACCAUGAAUGCCUUAAGGAGCAGUUAAUUAAACUUGCAGAUUAUGGAUUCACAUCCUCCAUUAUGGACGAAAUUCAGCCAAUCAUAUGCAUACAAGAAUUGUACUCCUCCCGAUUUGACUGUGGAGCUAUGUAUCACAUCCAUGUUCUUUUACUAGAUGAGAAGAAGGAAAAAGUUAUUGCCAAGUUUGAUAAGGAUGAUGUAGAGUAUGAUAGAAUGGAGUGGCACCAGGUCUCUCAUGAGUUUAAAAACUAUGGCCCUGGUGUGAGAUACGUAAAGUACUGCCAUGGUGGUAGAGACACUCAAUUCUGGGCAGGACACUACGGAGCUAAAAUCACUGGAUCUAGCGUAACAUUACUCUAUCCUCCACCAGAGGAAUCACCUGAAGAAGAGGACGAAAUCGAUGAUUCAGCGCUAGAAACGUGAGCAGCUGGAAACUGUGCGAACCUUUUGCUAUUCAAGCAAACAAUCUCACUCUCCUGUUCUCUCCAUCUAAUAAAUUUUGAAUCACAUUUUGUAAUAAGGAACCACUACUUCUGACUCAUCGUAGAAACAGCACAUGUGCCAUCAGCUUACCCAUUCAAAUACGAGUAUUUAUGGAUGAGCAUAAAAUAGUGGUUCAAAUAUGUGAAAUGUAGCCCUUUUGAGGGAGACCUGUUGACAUAGCUUCAAGUUCUAAGGUUAUUGGCCGUGGCAAUUACCCGUGGUCAAAUUUGAGUCUUUAUACUAAAGAAAUCAAUCAGAUAGAAAAGUUGGUUGAACCUAAAGUUUUUUGACAAGUUAAAAAAAAAUCAAUGAAUGAAUACAGGCACCUGGUUAUGAAUCUUAAACAUCAUGUGCAUCUAAAAAAAUGAAUUAUUUCAUAAGGUACAUAUCUCCUCUUUCUUUUCCUUUCAAAUGGACAUCUAAGACAUUAAGACAUCUUGAAAUUUUUGCACAGGGGCCAUUGUUUUUUUUAGUAUUUUAAGUAUCACUGUGCUUUGAUAAUGCAUUAAUAAAACUUCAGUAAUAUUUGGGAAGAAAUCAAAUGUUAAACAGCCCAGCCUAGUCUGUAAACUCUUCCUGAUCAACAACAAACAGUGAUACUGUUGUAUAUUCUUCCGCCACGGUUUCCGCUACCAUAUUGAUUGUGAAGCAUAAAUUCAAAAUUAUCAAGCCUCAUUUUCGGCCACCUUAAUUUCUUACACUUUCAAGUGAACUUUUCUCCUUGUUGCUGUUAUCAUUAAAAAUUGGGGAAAAAACAGAAAGCUUAGUGACACUUAAUACUUUCGAAUGACGCAAGGAAAAAAAAAUGACUUAACUGAGCUAUUAAUCAAAUUGUAUGCUGUUGUUUUUGUUCAAUUUUAACAAGUUUUAUCAAACAAAAAGGCCCCUCUAAAAUUCUUAAUGCAAGUCGUGGGAGCAUAAUAGUAUGAAAAGAUAAAAAAUAAUGUAUCAGAAAGUUUACAAGGGGAAGUUUGAUACCAUAAGAAAUCAUUGAUUCCAUAAUUCAGAGACCUCUUAUCCCUACCUUUUUAAUUUCACUGUUGCCGUGUUGUUGAUGUUAUUUGUUCCUUUAUUUAUUUAUUUUAUUCGUCUUUCUCUAAUUUAAAUGAUGAUUAUUCUUCGUCAGAUUUUGGCCAAAAGUUUUUUCCCUCACUUUCAAAUUUAAAAAUGAGGAAAGGACUAAUUAAAGAAAUAAGGUAUGAAGUUUUUUAAUUAUCUGUGACCCUUAUAAGAUUGACUUUAUUAUUUAUUUGGAAUGGCUGCGUUUAAAUCUAUUUUUGUUAACUUAUAUUAAUGAUUACCUCCUUCAAGGGUCUUUAAAUUUUGAAGAUGUUUUGGAGAAAAUCAAAGAAAAUAUUAUAAAUGUAGCCGAAGUCCUGAUGAAGUCCAGAUAUCAUGGGACUGUCAAUGGAAUAUGUCGGUGUGGCUCUGUGUAAUUUGAAAACGUAGGCUUCCCUAAGGUCUGCAGGAAAUUUAAUGUUUACUCAGUUGUAGCAGAAAGGAAUACAUCUGUCCAUUUGUAACUUUGUAUGGCAAAAGGAACUUUAGUUCUCAGAGGCAAAAUUUUCAGUAAAAAAUUUUUUUUCAAGUUGAGUCGAAAAAUCAGACUUUGAGACCUCAACUGAAAACUUUUUCAUUAUCAUCAAAAAUAGUUAAGAACAUUUUAGCCAACUUUUGUGCUGGCAGAUUACAGGUGCAAACCGUUUUCUUUGGAAACUACUUUCGCAAACUGUAAAUUUUAGACUAUCAUUACUCAGGAUUGCUAUGACCUUUUAGAGGGUUUUUUGUCCAAAAAUUUUCGUUGAAGAAACCUCUUCAGCCCGAUAUCAAUAACUUAGUGUCGAGCUUUUAUGCACUGAAGAUUACUUCUCCCAAUGAUGGACAAACUCACCUACCUACAUUCUUUUUUCUAAGAUUAAGGAACAUUUUUUAGAACAAGAUAAUUUUUUGAAAUGUUCUCUGAGCAAUCGCAAUUUUUUUUUUUUUGUGUGUGUGUUUGAGAAAAUAAAUACCCAAAAAGUGCCUGUGAGCCAUCUGGAGUUGUAAAUUUAUCUUUCAACCUCCCUCCCCCGGUCAUUCCAUUUCGUUGUAUUAUUUGUCAACCAGUUAGUAAAAAUUUGUGCUUUUCUCGCUGAUACAACCUUAGCUUGUCAAAUAAAGCAUAAUUAUUUUGUUUAUUUUAA